AUGAUGGAAGUAUUGGUGAAGUUCCUCCUCACUGGAUCUCUGAUACAAGGUGUUUUGUGUGGUUACAAUAUCAAUCUGCCGAAGAAAGUAGAAGCUCUGAAAGGAUCCUGUGUUUUCAUCCCCUGCACAUUUGAUAUUAAUCAACAACUUAAAAAUUACCUCACUGACAGUGCAAAGAGAAUGUGGUUUAAAGACGGAAGAAGUACAGCUGUGUUUGACUCCAGCAGGCCCAACAAUGGACUGUUAAAAGGAGAAAUAUUUGGCACCGCUACAGAGAAAAACUGCACCACACGCUUCGAUAAUGUUGAUCAGAGUCAUGAUGGCUCAUAUUACUUCAGACUUGAAGCCAAUGGUGUAUUGAAAUAUAACUACAAAGAGCCUACACACUCCCAAAUUCAAAUUACCGUCUUAGGAUCUCCCCUCAAACCCACACUGAGCAUCUUUCCGGAUCAGCAGGAGACGACUGAGGGAAGUUCAGUGAGUCUGCGCUGCUCUACUAAGAUCUUCUGUCCGUCUCGUCCACCAUCUCUCACAUGGAGCUCAUCUCUCAUCGAGAGCGUCACAGGACAGCAGUAUCAGAGCCAAACUGAGCUCAUCUCUGAUCUGAACUUCACUGUUUCUCACCGUCAUCACAGAGUCACUUUCACCUGCACUGCAACACACCAGCUACAGCAGCAGAGCACAACACAAGAGUCCCGUCUGCUACGCGUUCAGUAUGCUCCUAAAAACACAUCAGUGAGGAUAAAUCCAGCUGGUUUAGUUCUGGAGGGCCGUUCAGUGACUCUGAGCUGCAGCAGUGAUGCAAACCCAGCGGUGAACUACACCUGGUACAGAGACACUGAAAGACCUCUGAAUCCAGUUCAGACUGGAUCAAACCUGACCAUCAACAACACCGGCCCGACACACAGUGGACGAUACUACUGUACAGCUGAAAACAAACACGGCACACAGAACUCAUCAGUGCUUCUGGACGUCCAGUAUGCUCCUAAAAACACAUCAGUGAGGAUAAAUCCAGCUGGUUUAGUUCUGGAGGGCCGUUCAGUGACUCUGAUCUGCAGCAGUGAUGCAAACCCAGCAGUGAACUACACCUGGUACAGAGACACUGAAAGACCUCUCAAUCCAGUUCAGACCGGACCAAACCUGACCAUCAACAACACCGGCCCGACACACAGUGGACGAUACUACUGUACAGCUGAGAACAAACACGGCACACAGAACACAUCAGUGCUGCUGGACGUCCAGUAUGCUCCAAAAAACACAUCGUUGUCAGCGUUUACCUCCAGCUCAGUGAUGGAGGGCGAUCCAGUGACUCUGAGCUGCAGCACUGACGCAAACCCAGCAGAGCUCAACUACACCUGGUACACAGAGACGGGAUCUCAAUUUGAGCUCCUUCAGACUGGACAUAAUCACACCUACAUUGUGACAAACCCCACAUACGGUGCACGGUAUGGCUGUAAAGCUCAGAACCAGCAUGGCCAAUGCAAUGCAACAAUUCAACUUGAUGUUCAGUUUGCACCCAAAAUCUCCAGCUCUUGCAGCCGAAGCAGUGUAAUGGCGUGUGUCUGUGAGGCUCAUGGGAAUCCCUGCCCUACACUAGAGUGGCGUCUGUCCGGACAUGUGCUCGCUAACUCUACAGAAACCUCCAUCAGUGAGGAGACGUUAGGAAGCACAGGAGUGAAGAGCGUUCUGACCAUCCAUCAGUCCCUCACGGACACGGACGUCCUGCAGUGUUUCAGCACAAACAAACACGGCAGCGGCAGCCAACAGUUUCAGGCCGUCCCACUGCCACAAGACACACGUGAGAAACACAACAACAGCUUUAUCUGA